AUGAGUACAACAAUCACCAUAAAGAAUGCAGGAAAGACCUACACUUUUGAAGUUGGUGGAAGUGACACUGGAAUCGAUUUGAAAAAGAAGAUUCAAGAACAAACAUUGAUUCCACCAGAAAGACAAAAGAUCUUAGUCAAAGGAGGUAAAUUAAACGAUGAUACUCCAUUAUCGUCUUUGGAUUUUAGCAAACCAGUUAUGGUUUUGGGAACUCCCGACAAAUUGACGGCACCUAUUGAAAAACCUAAAUUUAUUGAAGAUAUGGGAGAUGUUACCAAAGUCGACAAUAACCCUGUUGGUAUUCCCAACUAUGGUAAUACAUGUUACCUUAAUUCGAGUUUACAAAUUCUUUAUCAAAUUGAUGAUGUGAGGAAUAAUAUUCUGGAGUACAAGGGAACAGAUAAUUUCACUAUUGCCUUAAGAAACACGUUCCAACAAAUGGAAAAGAAACAAGGAACGGUAAGCAUUGCUUUAUUUUUAACCGUGUUUAGAAAUGUCUAUCCUCAAUUUGCUGAACAAAGAAAUGGAAUUUAUGCUCAACAAGAUGCUGAAGAAGCAUUUUCACAAAUUUUGACCACUUUGAAACUGAAUUUGAAAAUUGCUGAUUUAUUUAAAAUUGAAUUCAAUGUAGCUACAAAGAGUUUAUCAAAUAGUGAAGAGGAAGUUUCAUACAGCAUCGAGGAUGCGUUUAAAUUGAAUUGUCAUAUUGAUAUCAAAACGAAUUUCUUGAGAGAUGGUAUUCUUGGUGGAUUGACUGAAACCAUCACCAAACACAAUGAUGCAUUAAAUGCUGAUACCGAAUAUGAAGUUUCAAAAAAGGUUACCAGAUUGCCCAAAUUUUUGGUUGUUCAUUUCAUUAGAUUUUUUUGGAGAAGAGAUAUUAAUAAGAAAUCCAAAAUUCUAAGAAAAGUUCAAUUCCCAUUUGAAUUGGACCUUUCAGAAUUUUUAGACGAUUCCAUCAAGGAAGAAAAGAACAAGAAUCGUGAUAUUAUUAGAAAAGUUGAAAAGGACAAUUUAGAUUUAAAACGUGAUUUUAAAAAGGCUAAAAAGGAUAUUAUCAACAAGGAAGAUGAAGAAUUGAAAAUUGCUUCAAUUAAAAGUAAAUUUCAAGAUGAUUUAACCACUGCUCUUCCUGGAGUUAAUUUUGAAACUACCACUGAAAAUCCAUCGUCUGUUUAUGAACUCAAUGCAGUAAUAACUCAUAUGGGAGCUAGUGCAGAUGGUGGACAUUAUAAGGCAUAUGUUAAAGAUCCUAAUGAUCUUGAAGGUGAAAAUUGGUGGCUUUUCAAUGAUGAUAAGGUGAGCUCUGUAUCUAGGGAAAAGAUUGCCAUGUUGGCUGGCGGUGGUGAAAGUGAUUCAGCGUUGUUGUUGAUUUAUAAAGGAUUAGCGUUAUAG